AUGCGAGGCAGCCAUGGCGGCGGAGUUGAAGAAAAGGACACGCACUCGGACGAGGGCUCCACGAGCGUUGAGAGCAGCGUCAAUGGCGACAAAGCCUACGAACCAAUCCACAAGCGCUCUUCCAUUCCCGUUCCCUCCCAUGCGGUACCUUCGCCCAAAGAGAAAGGACAUGGCCGGCCAAAGAGCAUACAGGUCAUAUUGGAGAAAACAAACAAAAAGGGGCGAUACACGUUGACGGCAGAUGAUCCAGAUAUACGGGAGAUACUCCGUCACAGGAUCGAGCAAGACGCUUCGGACGGGAAAGGCAAGAGGAGAUCGCGAUUCCGGGAUCUGGUAUUCACUCGCCAAUUCACGACAUUCGAUCGCCAGAACCCUCUCAGCUCUCAGUCUCCGUUCCACGGUUUCUUCACCCUCUUCUGGCUGGCCAUGGGUCUUCUUCUCAUGCGUGUCGCAAUGCAGAACCUCAAGGCGCAAGGCAGCAUUUUUGGCGGUGCCGAGAUCCUGCAUAUGAUGGUUGAUCGUGAUCUUUUCGUCAUGGGCGUUACCGAUGGUGCCAUGGCUUUUGCCACGAUGCUGUGCUGGGGUCUUCAAAAGAUAAUUUCGAAGGGGUAUUUGACCUGGAAUGGCUCUGGUUGGAUCAUCCAGUCGUUGUUCGAAAUCGGCUUCAUUGGCGGUGUUAUCGAGUGGACGUUUUAUCGCGACUGGCCUUGGACCCAUACUGUAUUCAUUGUACUUCACGCGUUUGUAUUUUUAAUGAAGAUUCACAGUUACUCGUUCUAUAAUGGAUACUUAUCACAGGUUUACCGCCGGAGAUCUCUCCUCGAGCAAAAACUACAGCAACUCGAAGACAUGGAGACUAUCGACAGCCCCUCGGGAGUCUCUAGCCCUCGUGUCACUUUCCAGUCCACUGCUGUCGAUCACUCCAACCCUAAUGACGCAUUUCAACGACGCCGCUCUGUCGGCUCCAAAGCCUCUACAAAUUUCCAAACAGAGCAGUCUGAGAUCGCUGUUAUGGCUUCCACUAUCGAAUCCGGCGAACCUCUCGACGCCGACCAAGUCCUCGCAUUCGGCCGUGUCAUAAAAUCAGAGAUUGCUGGCCUCACCGAUGAACUCAAAGGCAAAUGCACACACACAGUCAACUAUUAUCCUAAUAAUCUCACACUGUCCAACUUUGCGGACUGGACCUGUCUCCCCACCCUCGUCUACGAACUGGAGUACCCGCGUCAAGACCACAUAAAUUGGUGGUACGUUGCCGAAAAAGGCAGCGCGACCCUCGGGGUCAUCUGGGUCAUGAUAAUCAUCUCCCAAGCCUACAUCUAUCCCGUCGUCGCAGAGACAGUCCACGCCAAGGAGGCAGGCAUGAGUCUGCAACAGCGGUGGCGCGACUUCCCGUGGGUCGUAUCGGAUAUGCUGUUCCCGCUCCUCCUCGAACAGCUGCUGUCCUGGUAUGUCAUCUGGGAAUGCCUACUCAACGUCCUCGCCGAGGUCACCUGCUUCGCGGACCGCGGGUUCUACGGGGACUGGUGGAACAGCGUGUCCUGGGACCAGUACGCCCGCGACUGGAAUCGGCCAGUGCACAAUUUUCUCCUUCGCCAUGUGUACCAUUCGAGUAUCUCAGCGUUCCAUCUCAGCAAGAGUAGCGCGACCUUUGUGACAUUCCUGUUGAGCGCGGUCGUCCACGAGGUACUCAUGUUUUGUCUUUUCAAGAAAGUGCGGGGGUAUCUUUUCGCUAUGCAGUUGAGCCAGAUUCCGCUUGCGGCGAUGAGUAGGACUAAGUUCAUGAAGGGGCGGGAUACGCUUGGGAAUCUGAUCUUCUGGAUCGGGUUGUUUGUGGGACCGAGUUUGAUUACGAGUUUGUAUCUUGUCGUUUAG